AUCCUAAAAUUAAAUAAUGUAUAAUCAUACUGCAAUUGUCGAUUGCAUAUCUAAAACUCAACAUGAUGGUUCAUAUCGAGCUGUACAGUGGUCUCACCAGCCUACUUGGGGAAAAGAAACGGCAUCAGCAAUAGGUAUAAGGAAAUUGCAGUGGAUUCCUUCUCUCAUAGAUUCUUUUGAAACUUCGAAUACAAGCUUGGUGACUGAAAGUUGUUGGAAGCUAUACCCUAACCUGAAAAGCAAUAAUCGGUUUCUUCUGGACCUGGGUAUUUUAGCGGUACACGAGCUAUGGCAAAAGGGAAUACUUGGAGUUCACGAGACCAAACUUGAGAUAAAGAAAGUUUCUUGUUGGAAUAUAACAGGAAGAGGAAAGGAUAUUCUUGCGCUUUUAGCUACUUUCACGAGAUCACUUUGUCUUUUUAUGAGUGAAAGUAUUUUGGUUUUGGAGUUUCUAUCAAAAAUGCACUUUUUUGAGACAGGUCGUGAUAUUCAUUGUAUGAGCUAAACCAUAUUGAAUUGUGGUUCUUUCCAUGUUU